GUGAGCGACCAAGACGGACGCGUCAAGGCUCGAGUCGCCUCACCUCCACGAAACUUGCAGGGUAGGGGCUUUGGAAGAAGUUUCUCUUCGCUCGCCUCUUGAAACUCGUUCUUUGGAGAGACAUCCGAUCUCUUGACAGGGGCCGGCACAAAGUCAACAGACGCUCUCCGCGCUGCUCUGACCUACCCAUCACACCACUGCUUGUUUUGGCUCCAAGACUUUUUUUUUUUUUUUCAUUUUUUGAAAAGAACUGUAAGUAAGCCGUGAGAUGACCCUGUCUGGAGGCAGCGAAAGAGCCAGCGACAUGUCCGGUCAGACGGUGCUCACAGCGGAGGACGUGGACAUCGACGUGGUGGGCGAGGGGGACGAUGAGUGCAUGGAACGGGACAGCGACUGCGACAGUCCCGGGGUCGGCAUCCUGCACGACCUCCGGGAUGAGGAUGACAUUGAAGUCGACAAAGACGACAUGAGAUCUGGCGGCGGGAGUCCGUGCUGCGAAAGCUCGGGGGAAGGGGAGACCGGCACCGGAAAGGGGGACGAGCAAAGUGCCACGCCGGGCGGUCCGCUCCAGAAGCCCAAAAGUAGUCUGGUGAAGCCACCUUACUCAUACAUCGCGCUCAUCACCAUGGCCAUCCUCCAGAGUCCGCAAAAGAAACUCACCCUGAGCGGCAUCUGCGAGUUCAUCAGCAACCGCUUCCCCUACUACCGGGAGAAAUUCCCGGCCUGGCAAAACUCAAUCCGCCACAACUUGUCGCUCAACGACUGCUUCGUCAAGAUCCCCCGGGAGCCCGGCAACCCUGGAAAGGGAAAUUACUGGACCCUGGACCCGGCUUCUGAGGACAUGUUCGACAACGGAAGCUUCCUCAGGAGGAGGAAAAGGUUCAAAAGGGUUCAACCGGACGUGCUCAGGGACCAGACUGCUCUUAUGAUGCAAAGUUUCGGGGCGUACGGUCUCGGUGGUCCUUAUGGGAGGCACUACGGUAUCCAUCCGGCCGCGUACUCGCACCCCGCGGCUUUGCAAUACCCGUACAUCCCCCCCGUCGGGCCCAUGCUGCCCCCGGGUGUUCCUUUACUGCCGUCGGCCGAGUUGAACCGCAAAGCCUUCAACUCCCAGCUCAGCCCCGGCCUGCAACUUCAGCUCAACAGUCUGAGCACGGCGUCCAUGAUUAAGUCCGAGCCGUCAAGCAGACCCUCGUUCAGCAUAGAGAACAUAAUCGGAGUGUCCAGCACGUCGGCAUCCACGGCGGGUUCAGCUCAGGCCUUCCUGCGGCCUCCAGUGACUGUGCAGUCGGCCCUGCUGAGCGCUCAGUCCCUCUCACUCAACCGGACCUCUGCGGCAAUCGCUCCCAUCCUCAGUGUACCUUCCAGUAUUCUUUCUGGACAUGUUUUACCAUCAGCCACGGCGGCCGCAGUGUCCAAAUGGCCUUCACAGUGACUUUUACCUGAACUACUACAAAACAUAUUUUUAUAUUAAAACACUAUUACAGCAGGGGGACGUGUAAUAGGCAGCACUGGACAAUGUGUAACUAUAUGUAAAGACUGUUCACAAACAGAGAAACGUUAAAAAAGGAAAUAUUUCUGUACAGGUAAUAUUUGUAAAUAUUUGUUUUUUUUUAACGAAUAAUUUUACUUUUUCUGUCGUUUUUUGUUUGAUUACCAUUAGAGGUCUGUGAUCAUUAGUUUACAAUUUUUUUGUACUGGAAGCAGAAUGUGGACAAUUUGCUUCUUUUUCCUAUGAGACACAAAAAGCUCUGAAAUAAUAUGUUUAUUAUGAA